CCCACGGCGGCACCCUUCAGCAAGGUACGAGACGCGGGGCUGUUCCUGGCCACGUUCGCGGCGGUGCUGGGACCGCUGAGCUUCGGCUUCGUGCUGGGGUACAGCUCGCCCGCCAUCCCCGCGCUGCGGCGGAGCAGCGACCCGGCGCUGCGGCUAGACGGCGACCAGGCGUCGUGGUUCGGGUCUAUAGUAACCUUAGGAGCUGGUGCUGGAGGAGUACUAGGAGGCUACGCUGUGGAUAAGCUUGGGCGAAAGCUGAGUCUGAUGCUGUGCUCAGUACCAUACAUCUUUGGGUUUAUGAUUAUAAUCUCUGCCCACAAUGUCUGGAUGCUUUACUGCGGACGAAUACUGACUGGUUUAGCCAGUGGAGUUACUUCACUUGUUGUUCCAGUUUAUAUAUCAGAAAUAUCACAUUCAAGAGUUAGAGGAACACUUGGCUCGUGUGUUCAACUGAUGGUGGUAACUGGCAUACUGGGAGCUUAUGUUGCAGGAAUGGCACUUGAAUGGCGCUGGUUGGCUGUGCUGUGUUCUUUCCCACCCUGCUUAAUGGUCAUAUUCAUGUCCUUCAUGCCUGAAACGCCUCGGUACCUGUUGAAUCGAAACAAACACCCAGAAGCCAUAGCUGCUUUAAAAUUCCUAAGGGGACCACAUGUGGACCAUGAAUGGGAAUGCAGGCAGAUCAAAACUAGUGCAGAGGAGCAGCAUGGACUAAGUAUAGCAGAAUUUAAGAGACCAUCGAUCUACAAGCCAUUCUUUAUUGGUGUGGCACUGAUGUUUUUCCAGCAAGCAACAGGGAUUAAUGCAGUUAUGUUUUAUGCUGAAACUAUCUUUGAGGAAGCUAGUUUUAAGGACAGCAGGAUGGCUUCAGUUGUUGUGGGUUCAAUACAAGUGUGCUUUACAGCUGUGGCUGCACUUAUCAUAGAUAAAACAGGACGGAAAGUACUACUUUGUGUAUCAGGGAUUAUCAUGGCUAUCAGUACUGCAGCAUUUGGAUUUUACUUUAAAAUGAUCCUUCCAAAUCAAAAGAACUCAUCACAUCCUGACUUACUGACCACUCCAAAUUGCACAUCCUCAGUAGCAGGACAUGACCUAACCUGGCUGGCGGUAGUGAGCCUGGGGCUCUUCAUCACUGGUUUUGCCCUUGGUUGGGGUCCCAUUCCAUGGCUGGUGAUGUCUGAAAUAUUCCCACUUAAAGCUAGAGGCUUUUCCAGUGGUGCCUGUGUUCUAACAAACUGGCUGAUGGCAUUCUUAGUAACAAAGGAAUUUCAUGAUCUUAUGGAUGUCCUGACUUCAUAUGGCACGUUCUGGCUUUUCUCUGCCUUCUGUGUCCUAAAUAUAAUGUUUACUGUUCUUUGUGUUCCUGAAACUAAAGGAAGGACAUUAGAACAAAUAGAGGCUUAUUUCCAAAGAUCUUACACCUGAGGUUCUUGAAUUCAUUGGAGAACUGAGAUGUACUGUUAUUUCUUGGCAGACAAAAUUGAGAUGACUAUUUGGGUUAGCUGUGAAUGCUUCUGUGUGGUUCAACUUGGUUCAGAACAACUUCUAAUCGGUAUUUAAUGAACUGGAAGGGAUGACACUGUGUAUAUACAUAUGGUUGUGUAGCGGCAUCUUUCAGGGUCACAGAAGCAACUAUUACCAGUUCACUUGAAAAUGCAUCCCUUUCCCAGGCCUUGAGCUGUGUCAGUUUGGUCAUGCAAUUCUGCUUCUCGCUGCAGUGUUGCCUAAUACAGACUAGCCACAAAGUCUGAAUCGGCAAAUGUAACACAGGGAGUCUGCUGUUUUCUCUCCUACAUUCCAUAACAUGCAUAGCUAACGCAGCAAAUUCCCUGUCCAAGGACACUUUUGCUAUCUGAGUUGUGUGUGAUGCAAGUGAAACUGAUUCUGAACAGCACCCAUUCAGUACCAUUCAAUCUUUUUGCUUCCCUUUUCUUUUACUUCUAUCCACUGUAUAUGGCUGAUGAA